AUGCCUCGUGCCUUCGUCGGCCGUCGCCGGAUGGCGGCGAGGACACACAACUCGCCUGGAAGUCUCUUUUACGCGAAGAGCGUCUCUCUCUCCUCUUCCUCUCGAGCCCUUACGUCUUUCCUCUCUUUUCCCGGUUCCCCUCCGACCCCUCUAUCGUCUCCCUCGUCCUCUCUGUGUGCCUUUCCCGUCGACCUUUUGCCUCCUGGACCUUCUCUUUCUGUCCGCUGUAGCGUGUCUCCUAACCUCUCACGGUCGUCUGCAAGGGGUCGCGACGGAAGUCUCCUUUCCUCCGCUCUCGCCUCUCCGCGGCCAGCGCCCAGUCCCGCAAGAGGGUCCGUCCUGGAUGCAUGCGCUUCCGGCGGCAGGCGACCUGAGGGCGGAGUCGAGAGCCGCAAUCGCCCCGGAUGCGCGACCGCGCCGGCUUCUCUGUCCAGCUCCGGCCCAGUGCAGAGAAUCUGCCUUUUCACGGCAAGGGGACCACGGCGGUUCUUUUCUGUGGGAAAAUCAGAGACGCCUGUCGAGAAUCCGGGCGAAGGGAAGGAGGAAGACGGGAGGACGGACGCGCACGAGGAGACACAGCCGGCCGGAGAGGAGGAGGUUUCGCGCGCAGAGCGCCAGAGGGAAGAGGAAGGUGGGACGGAGAAGCCGGAAGAGCUCCCAGUUGAAGAGAAGAAAGAGGAGAAUCGCGCGAGACUCAGCGAAGAGACAGGAGAGAACAACAACUUUCCAGGAGACGCGUCCUCGCCUGUGGCGUCAGAGGAGGCCGGUUGUGAGGCGUCUUCAGCUAGCGCCUCGCCUCUGCCUCCCCAGUGCGUGGACGGCGGUGACUUGGACCGUGAACGCCUCCAGGCGGUGAUUCGGCGGGUGUACGUACACUCGAACGCGCACUUGGCCGCGGCGCAUGCUGAGCCUUCUGUGUGGUGUACAGACACCGCGUCUGGGGGUGAGGCGGAGCGCGAGACGAAGAGGCCAGACGAGCUGCCUCCCUGGUUUCAGUACCCUGACCCCAACACGAUGUGGCCGAAUCCGCUUCUCCACAACCACCGCCUGAAGCCGUUUGUGCGCCCACGGCCUUCGCUGGGGGCGGGGGUGGACGAAGAGCAAAGCAGCGAACGGCGAAGAGGCGCUGGGGAGGCGGAGGCCGCCGCUCUCGAGGACAAGCAGCUGCGCGUCAACAAGCACAGACUGGAGCAUCUUUGGAAGUUCGCGCGAAGCUACGGCGUGGCCUGGGACGAACUUGACGAGGUGUACAUACACUUCAUGCAGAUGAAGCGAACUCGCGAAGAGAGGUGGGAGGAACACCGAACAGACUUGCUGCAGUACGCCGCGGUGGUAGCCGCCAGAGAGGUGCGAGAAAAACGCAAGAAGGAGAUUGCAGAAGCAGGCGUCGAUCUCGCUGCCGUUCAGCCAGAACAUCGAGAGCAAAUGUGCUUGCCGCGGAGUCUUCAUAGGAAGGAAACGCGACGCUUAUUCUUCGAGUGGCGGCGAAGUUACUUGGGGCCCUGGCGCCCAGGCGGCCUGCAGAAGUUGAUGAAGGCUGUGGUAACACUCCGCAUGUUGCAGCGGGAGACGAACGAGCGUUUUCUCUUUCUCGGCGACGCGAAGAGCAAGACUCGGGAGGAGCGCGAAGAAGCGCGUGCGCGGAUGGAAGCGGAAAUCAUCGGCCUUCUUCAGCGGAGCGACGCAGCGACGGGUACCGGCAGCUGCGCGGGCGAGGUCGAAAACACGGCGGCGCCGGGGCAGGAAACGGGACAGCUCUUUGAAGUCUGGGAAUUCGACGGCGUGGGGAAGAAGGAAACGAUCGUGCGAGACGAGGAGGAAGACUUCGACGACGCACAAGUCGACGUGCGAACGUGA